AGCUUCGAAAGUUCCCCGUCUUUGUCAAAAAAUAUCUCUCAGUUCUUCCACUCUUGGCGUCAGACCUGCACAGCAGCAGCACUUCUCCAAACUUCGUCCUAGGUUCUCUCACUCUGGCUCUCCUAAUGUGGCUCGCUUGCAACCGCCUUCUUUCCCUUACAAUGCAUUGGGCUCCAUCCAGAAUCGUUCUUUAGGAGCCGACAUGGAUGUUGAAUGCCUUCUCAAGGAUCUAUUGGAAGGCUCUUCGAAAGAUGUUUUUGAUACCUCUGACCACGAUGGGCUGCCACCCGACUCCGAUGACGAACAUUUAGGAGACUGGUUAGAGGGAAAAACCCUGAUCGAGUCUGCGGCAGAGAUUCACGGCCCUGGUGAAACUAAUAAUGAAGAUGCGGAUCUCGAAUUCAAUCUUGAACUCAUCCAACAACUCGCUGGUGGGUUUCUUUGUAUUUCUCUCCCUGAUGAUGCAUUGGAUCCCUGGGUGCUAGAGCCUUUCGAUCAACAAUCGGCCUCAAUUAAGAAAGAGAUGUUGGACACUCUGCAACCUGCCUUGAAACGCGUGCAUCUUAUCUUGUCAUAUAUCUCUAAGGAAGUAGAUGCUGACAAAUAUGUAUCAUCCGGGAUUCACGCUUUCAAUGAGAUUUCAAAGAAAUAUGAAGCAGCCGCUCAGAACCAGGCGGAAAGUAUACAGAAGGGCCUAGAGGAGUCGCAAUCCCGUAUCAAGGAUCUUUUCGAAGAGUUGAGGAUGGCUGAAGAACGACGCAACGCAUGGUGGGACCGAUGUUUUGCUCUUAUUGCUGAGGCCGAGAAACUUGCGGAGGGCGUAAGGAUCGAAGUCCAUGGAGCCAUGGAGACGAUUAUCGCUAAAAAUGAGAAGAAGGUGAAGUCGCAUCUCAAUGAGAAAGGUGUUGGCAAGCAACGGGGCAAAGGCUCCGAGUUUGACAAACUCAAGACGAUGAUGGCACUGUGAUACCAGUAACCUGCUUACGUACGCCACCUCAGGCUCAAUUUACUCAUGAUGCCAAAGCCCG